UCUAGGUUUUCUCACCAUUUCUACGAGCUGAACUUUCUGUACUUAUUUACCAAUAACUGUGUUUUCAUCAGUUAGCAAUAGAGAGCCAGCAAUUUACUAGAAUAUAAUGUCGAAUCUGAAAAUGAAAGAGGCAGCUCUUAUUUAUCUUGACAGAAGUGGAGGCCUCCAAAAAUUUGUUGAUGAUUGCAAGUAUUACAAUGAUUCAAAACAAAGCUACGCUGUCUAUCGCUUCAAUAUUUUAAUAAAUCCCUCUAAUGUUGUUGAAUUAGAUGCUGAACUUGGAAAUUAUAUUUUACAUCAACCUUUGAGAGCUGCUCAAGUUUUUCAAUCAGUCUGUUUUAUUGCUGUUAAGACUCUCUCAUUAAUUGGACAGUUACAAACUGAAACUCAAAUUAAUAUAGUGCUGAAAUUAACACAUUUACCUCCUCUGCCAAGUUAUGGUCUUGAUCUUUGUACGUUUCCACUUGACUAUACGUCUCAGAGAUUUUAUAUGAUGCAAGGAAUUGUAAUUGCAAUGACAACUGUAACCAAAUACACACAAGGCGCAAGAUUCCUUUGUUCAGAUGAAGCAUGUCCUCUUUCACAAGGAUUCCAGUAUAUAAGAGUGCACGUGCCAGGUGCAACAGAAUCUGCAACAAUAAGAAAUGACUUCCUGUGUAAUGUGUGUGCUUCUUCACUUCAAGAAGACAGAAAAUUUAGAGUACUUGGUGAUAAACAGGUUGUUGAAGUAAUCACUGCAAAGGCACUUGGUGCUUUUCAAGGAGUGUCUAACAACCAGCCAUUUAGGUUUCAAUCUCUUAUCAUUUUCCUGCGAGAUGAAUUAGUGAAUAAAAUGAGCAUAGGAAAGGAGUAUAAAAUUAUUGGAAUUCCUACCUGUGUCAAAACCUCACAAACUACUGUCUGCAUAGAAGCAAACAGCAUCACUUUUUACAAUCCAAAAGUUCCUUCAGGAAUUAGUGACAACUUCAAGUGUCUCCUCUCCUUGACCUCCAGCUCAUGCUGGAAGUUUUCAGCAAUACUUGCCAACAUUUUUGCGUCACAAAUUGUGCCUCCUGGGACUUAUAAUUUGCUCAAGCUCUGUUUGUUGAUGAGUCUAGUACAGACAAGGGAUCCUAACCAGGAACUUGAAGAUUGCCUUGAUAUUUUAAUUAUAACAAAUGACACUCUACUUGUAGACAGGCUUUUGAAUUUUAGUGUUAACCUUAUACCCCGUGGUAUACAUCAUCCAGUCUCUUCUGAAAUUUUUCCUACUCUAUCCAAGAAUAAGUAUGGAACUGGAGCAGUUAGCAUUCAAGCAGGCAGUGCUUUGCUAGCUAAAGGUGGUAUCUGCUUUAUAGGAGACUUAUCUUCACACAGAAAAGAUAAACUUGAGCAGCUUCAAUCAGUUCUGGAGAGCAGAAGCAUUACAGUGUAUAUCCCAGGGAAGAAAUUUGGGGAGGAUGUCGAUCAACAAAUGACUUUUCCAGUUCAGUGCAGUUUUUGGUCUUUUGUUGAUAUGGAUUCAUCAUCGAGGAGAAAUGCACAGAAAACCAAUAAUCUAAUUGGUCAAAUGGAUUGCAGUUUGAUUCCAGCGAAUCUUGUGGAGGCAUUUGGGUUACUGAUUAACUGCAAUGAAUCAUCUCCUUGCAACCCACUUCUCCCUACUGUGCACCAUACUCUAAAGAAAGCCAUUGAUCCUGAAGAACUGCUUUAUGUAGCUUCUAAACAGUUCAGAACAGAAGAUUUUGAAAAGAUUUUACUGUUUAGAAAUCUGUCCAUAGUAAAGUUAAAAUAUCUAGUUAGGAUAGAUAUACAAAAGGCAGAGGAUACUGGGAACUGGAAAUUGUGUGGAGUUUCCCUAUCUGAAGCUCAUGCUCGACUAAGCUUAAGGAAUAAAGUACUUAAAGAAGAUGUGCUAAUUGCAGUCUUAUUAUUUGAAACAUCUCUCACAUUGAAAUACGGGGCUACUCUGUUUUGUGUUGCUCCAAAUGCAGUAUUUCCAUUUGAAUUAUAUAAUGAAGAAUACUUAGAGCAAAGAGAUCUCUAUCUGAAUCAGUGCCAACAACAGCUCCAACAGUUUAUUGCCACUUAUGGACCUGGGACAACUAUUUUCUCUAGUGAUGAAUAA